AUAGAUGGAUGGAUUUUGCAUUUUGAAAUUCAGAAUAUUCAUUGACAUUUUUAUCAAGUUUGUGACUACAUUUUCGUUGACUGAAUUACAUUUUAACGAUGAUUGAAAUUUCUACUAUAAGUGUUCUGCUCAUUGCAUUUACAGUAAACCUUUUACUUUUUAAACUUUUUGUUGUUGUAAAACGAAAACGGUAUCCAAACGGACCAGUUGGUUUGCCAGUUCUCGGUCAUUUGCCGUUUUUCGGAAAAAGUCCUCCAAUCACGUUUUCUCGAUGGAGACAAAAGUAUGGAGACGUGUUCCGUAUUAGAAUGGGAAGCUGGAAUACCGUUGUUGUGAAUGGCUUUGAAGCAAUCAAAGAAGCUGCUGAAAAACCGGACGAUGCCUUCUCAGGCCGACCGGAUUUCGUGACACAAAAACUGUUACAACAAGUUAAUGGAGACAUUUCACUUGCAUUUGGACCUUUUGAUAAUAUCUAUUUACAACAUCGAAAGUUAGUCGCCACUGCCUUGCGACAUUUUACUUGUCGUAAAAGUAUAUUUACAGAAGAUCUGAUAUCUGAAGAAGCCGACAAUCUUAUUGAGAAUUUGUUAAAGAAGUCAGAAAAGGAGCCUGUAGAUAUUAGAGAGAAUAUACAAUAUGCUACCGGGAGUGUGAUCUAUCAGAUGUUGUACGGACGUGGUAAUGAUUUGAAUGAUAAAUUGAACGAAAUGGUUGAAUCUGCAAAUAGAUUUAUCAAAUUCACAGAAAGCGGAAACCCUGCUGACGUACUACCAUGGUUACGAAAUCUGAUGCCUUGGAAAAUUUCUGGCUUCAAAAAUAUGGCCAUCCACAACACAGUAAUCCGGAAAGGACAAAUUGAUAACCACAUCAGAUCAUUUUCCGCCGGUAAUGUAAGGGACAUCACUGACACCUUUUUAGCUGCAGACCUGCGAGGAAAGAAUAGAAAUGAACGUGGAUUGACUAGGUCAAGACUUCUGAAUAGCACUGCGGAUCUGCAAGGUGCUGGAUUCGAUACAAGUAACAAAUCGUUUCAAUGGCUCAUCUUAUAUAUGUCCAUGUAUCCAGAAGUUCAAAAACGUGUCCAGCGCGAGAUCGAUGACGUCGUAGGAAGCGGGCGCAGAAUCGAGUUAGUGGACAAGUCCCGUCUUACCUACACCGAAGCGACCAUUUUAGAAGUAAUGCGAAUGACCACAAUUGUUCCAUUUGCACUGCCAAAACUUACAAUUAAAGACACUACAUUAGGAGGAUACAACAUUGAUAAAGGAACCGUAGUCUUUUUCAAUCUCCAUUCGGUAUCGUAUGACAAGGAAUUCUGGGGUGAUCCCCAAACAUUUCGCCCUGAACGAUUAAUUGACGAAAACAAUAAAUUGAAUACGGAAAAGUGCAACCAUAUUUUACCAUUUGGACUCGGACGGAGACGAUGUGUAGGAGAAUUCCUUGCAAGAAUGGAGCUAUUUCUUCUGUUUACAAACGUCAUCAGAAAAUGUAAAUUUUCAAAACCUGCUGGUGAAAGUUACGAUAUGGAACCCGACCCUGGACUUGUAUACUCACCAAAACCGUUUCGUGUUUUAGUGGAGGAACGACAGUAAUUUGACUUCCAUUUUUAAAAUGAUGUGUGCCAUUUUUUUAUUGUACGACAAGGAAUUUUGGGGAGAUCCGCAGAUGUUCGACCUAAACGCAAAAAAGGUGACAGCGACAAUUUAUAUACGGAAAAAUGCAAACAUAUUUUAUCUUUUAAACUUGGAUGAAGACGAUGUUUUGGAUGAUUUCUGGUUGAAAAGGAAUCAUAGCCUUUGUUUACAAACAUCAUAAGAAAAAGUAGAUUUUCAACGCCUGCUUGUGAAAACUAUGACUUGGACUUAGACCCUAGUCUUAUAUAUUCAACAAAACGAUUCAUUGUAGACAGUUAACGAAAAUUUGAGCCACACCAUAAGAAAACCAACAUAGUGCAUUUGAGACUAGCAUGGAUCAAGACCAGCCUGCGCAUCCGCACAGUCUUGUCAGGAUCAAUGCUUUUCGCUAACGGUUUACUUGAUUGCAAUUGGGUUUGAAAGCGUACAGCAUGGAUCCAGACCAGACUGCACAGAUGGACAGGCUGGUCCGGAUCCAUGCUGGUCGCAAUGGCACCAUGUUGGUUUUCUCAUGGUGCGACUGAUUUUGGUACCAUUUUGAAAAUCUAAAGCACCGACAUCAAUCAUAAUUGUUAAUAUACAUGAUGAUAAGAUUACGUAAUACAGUCGAUGAAAUUUUAUUUGCCAAUGUCUUAAAAUAUUUGUAUCAUCCAUAUUAUGUUCAUAAAAUGUGUUAACCUGCGACUUUUGAAGAUGUCAUUACAGUCUCCAAACAACUAGAUUAUCGUUGUGCAUGUUCCUACAAUAGGCACAUCCUACCAGUCAUACAGUCGUUUUGGACAAAGCUACGGUAAACGAUUUGAUUGUGUUUAAUACACUGUAUUAUGCACUAGAUAUUUGUAUUACAGUUUUCAGAAAAAAAAAUGUCCUGCUAUGUAUUGUUAUUGAGAACCCCUAGCUGCAAGCCUAGCUGUAAACCUUGUUCAGUUAUGUAUAACCGUUUGUUACUUUUGUCAUAUAAAUAGAUUUAAUCCGAAGUAUGUGGAAUUCAACAUUUGUGUUAAUUCUCAAAAUCUAAAUAUUUCUAGUUUUCUUAUCAAUUACAAAUUAGCUCAAAGAUAAAGUAGGCUUAUACUGUUUAUGUUAAACGGGCCUUUUUCGUGUUGGUUCGAAACCAAUUUCCCUUUUUAGGUCGACUUUUCGAAGAAAAUGUAGAGCUACUGCACUCGCUCCAGCGUCGUUUUAAAGUUUUGAUAAUGUAAAAUACCUCUUUUACUGUCAAAGCUAUUGACUUGAAACUUAAAAUAGUAAUUUACUAUCAACGUCUACGCCAGGAGUAGCAAUCCCCAUUACUCUGAUUCGAAUUUUGAUAAAUUUAUGCUCCUUUUUAAAUUAGAAUUUUUGUUUAAAGAUUUUGACAAUGUGUUAUUUCUUAAUGUAAAUCAUGUAUAAUUAUGUGGCUUUUCUUUUAAGCCGUGCUUGUAGUACUCGAGCCUGAAAUGUAAUGUACUUUUAUUGUUCUCAUUGUUAAAUGUUGCUUUGGGCGUAUCACAUUACCUAGUCUUAAGCCGGGAAUUUCAUUGGUCAAAGCCGUUGCCAUUGGCACUCCGACGGCUAUAAAUACGGGUGUCUGCGUUCAGUCGGUAUCUUCUUCUCAACCGUAAAACCUUGAGAAGUAAAACUUACAGACGAGUCAUUUCUAUCCAGAAAUACAUUUCUCUAUUCAGAAAUACAUUAAAAGCUCUUUAGCAAGGUGAAAGAAACACUAUUUGGCAGUCUUAACUUUAUUUUAAAGAGCAGAAAGUCAAAUUCAUAGAAUAGGCACUUUUAGCCUUACAGAACAACAACAACAACAACAACAACAUUAUGAAGUAAAUACAAGACCAUGUAAAACCGAACCUUGCAGAAUUACCACGUUAUAGCAGAACCAAAGAGAUGCAUUGGUCUAGGUAAUUCUACUUAUAUUCACAUAUAUUACAAUGCUUUGUACUGAUGUAGAUUCUAUAUAUAUCUGCUUUGACUGAAGAAGAUCCUAUUGCAUAAGCCUAGGUCCUCCAUUGUUAAUCUAUGACGAUGUAUUUAUUUUCUACGGUGUAAUAUCAUUUCUACGAUGCCAUAUUGUCAACUUCUGGAACGUACUUUUGUGUUAUGUUUACAAGCGUUACACGAUUAUUAUGAUGUCGCAAUAUUAAAGAGCUAUUUUUAACCGUUCA